CUGCGGUCUCAGAGGGUCCCGCGGCGGCUGGUGCCGGUGACAAUUCACUUCCCCGAGGACUACUCUUUGAACCCCUGGACUAGAUUGAGAGGUACCAAAAUACAUGUUCACUUCUAGUGAACAAGAGCAUGUUCCCAAAUUCCUCGAACUUGGGUCGUCCACCCUUCCAUCCAAAGUAUCAGCAGCCCAGUAACUUCUUCAAACUUCCCUUCAACUUGUCCCCAACUCUUUCUCACCAGCAGAUUAUAGAUACCCAGUUCAACUGUCAAAAUGUAGAUCUACCAAGAACUCUCUUAGGUGGGAACCUUUCACCUAUCCCAGCACAGUCAUUAUCUUAUGGAAAUGGAAGUCCAAUACGAACAUCAACUUCUCCAGUGUUCCGAGGAAGAAAGAGAUUAAGCAACGAACAAAAUGUUCCUCUUGAUGUUAAACGGCAGCGGUUUCAUUCACCCCACCACGAGUCGACUGUAGCUAACCAAACAGUGCCUUUACCAGAUGAAAGACGAUAUUCAGCACCAGGAUCAGUUACUCCGCCAUUGUUGCAUUCCUAUUAUGUACCAGAUUUAGUCAGAUCUGUUCCACCUUUUCGUGAGGCACCAUUUUCAGAACCUAGAGAAAUAACGCUUCCAGUGGCCAAAGAUGAGUUGAGUCAGCAGGUAUUGAACGUAUUUCAAGUGUGUCAGCAGCGAACAUGUGAUUUGAAGAAGAAAGAACUCUGUCGAACUCAAUUGCAGAGAGAAAUUCAACUGAUAUUUCCACAGAGCAGACUCUUCUUGGUUGGAUCCUCCUUGAAUGGAUUUGGUACAAGGAGCAGUGAUGGUGAUUUGUGCCUGGUUGUUAAGGAGGAGCCAGUAAAUCAGAAGACUGAAGCAAGAUAUAUACUCAGCUUAGUCCAAAAACAUUUCUGUACUAGACUUUCAGGCUACAUUGAGAGACCUCAGCUGAUUCCAGCAAAAGUGCCAAUUGUGAAAUUCAGGGAUAAAGUCAGUUGUGUGGAGUUUGACUUGAAUGUAAACAAUAUUGUAGGAAUAAGAAACACGUUCCUCCUCAGAACCUAUGCAUAUCUUGAGAGUCGAGUUCGUCCCUUAGUACUGGUGGUUAAGAAGUGGGCAAGUCACCAUGAGAUAAAUGAUGCUAGUCGUGGCACAUUAAACAGCUAUAGUCUUGUAUUGAUGGUUUUGCACUAUUUACAAACCCUACCUGAACCCAUCCUUCCAUCCCUCCAAAAAAAUUACCCAGAAUCCUUUAGUUCUUCUAUGCAGCUGCACCUUGUACAUCAAGCUCCAUAUACCAUUCCUCCUUACCUCUCAAAGAAUGGGUCAGCUCUUGGGGACUUGUUAUUGGGCUUCCUCAAAUAUUAUGCCACAGAAUUUGACUGGAACAACAAAAUGAUUUCAGUUCGUGAAGCCAAAGCUCUUCCAAGACCUGAUGGUGUUGAGUGGAGAAAUAAAUUCAUCUGUGUAGAAGAACCAUUUGAUGGAACAAAUACAGCCAGAGCUGUGCAUGAAAAGCAGAAGUUUGACAUGAUCAAGGAUGAAUUUCUCAAGUCAUGGCACAGAUUGAAAAGCAAGAGAGACUUGAACAGUAUAUUACCUUUAAGAGCUACUAUGCAGAAUAGAUAACUGGCUUCUAAUUCAUUCCUAAUUACUUCUGAGAAAUAAAGGAUGUUAUUAACACCUCAAUGUAUUUUGUUCCCUCCAUCAUGGUUUAUUUUUAAUUAAUAUUUUCUUUUUUCAGAUUUUGUUAAAAAUAUUUGUAUAAAAGAUUGCAUAUUUUAUUAUGGCAUUUGCUACUAUAAACCUUAGUUUAAAAAUGCAUUUCUAAAAAUGUAUAUACAUUGUUGACUUAAGUAAAGGCUGUUUUGCCAUAAAUUUCAGAACACAAAAUUAACUGUAUUUAUGAAAGUGGUCAGAGCAAUUAAAAGGACUUCAGAAGGAUCAAAAUGUAAUUAUACCAUAUUAACACAGAAGACAUUUGUUAAUUUGUGGGAAAGGUGUGAUCAAUUAUACUCAAAGUUUAGCAACAUUCAGUUGCUAUUUCAUUGUCCAGAUCUGCUGCAAAAUGAAAGUUGAAGCAAAAAAAAAAAGUUGACAUAAAUUUUUUUGUUUAAAUUUCUAGGGUAGAUGGGGGCCUUAGGAUUUGACCAUGUUAGCAUAGGACAGGAGAGUACAUUUGGGUUACUAUUGGAAUUACUUUUUCUUGUUGGAACAAUAAUACAUUUUGCAUCAUAGUCCUAUGAACACUGUACCCAUUAUGAUCGAUUCUUUGGAAAAAUCUACUCAAAAGUUGACAUACUCCGGGUAUUUAUCGUAGCUCAAUGCAAUGAGCUGUUUUCGUGUACUCAGCAUUUUUCAAUUUUUAUUUUCCCUGUGACGUGAAACAACAGACACUUAUCAAAGUUAAGGUUAUAUCAGGAUUUUUCUGAAUACUAAAUUACAGGAAUUAUAAUCUAAACUGGAAUUUUUAAACAGUAAGCUACUAUAAAAUAUUUUAAAUGAUCCAUCACAAAAUGAAUAUAUGUAAAUGUUUAAUAAUUGUAAAGAGUAGAUCAGGUAUCUUUUUUUUUUAAGUAUUUCCUUUGCACAUGAAGAAAAUAAUGGUGACUGCUGAAAUAGCUGCUAAAAUAAGCCAAGGUUUUUUUUUUAAAUUUUGUGUAAAUAUUUGUAAAUUGGUCAGCCAUUGUAAAUUGAAAUAUAAAAAGUAAUUAAAAUUUUUUAACUUUUUAAAAAAGACUGUAUGAAACUUCUUUUAGACCUGCUGUAGCACAGUUUGUGCCUGUAAUGUGUUUGUUGUUGCAGAUCAAUUCAUAUGUCUAAACUAUUGCUUUUCAUUCAUUUCAGGAAGGUUCACAUGUUCAUUUUCCUCUUUAAGUUUAAUAUUUUGUAUGGUGUCAAGUGGAAUAAAGUUUAUGUAUGGAAA